AUCACUUCCCCGCCUCUCAUUCAGUUUCCCGUCAUGCAUUGUAGCUUGUGAUGUAGCCACUUCUUCCCAGUGUUCCAAGCGCCUGUGACAUCUCGGUCAUUAAGAUGGCGGACAAGCCGGUGCCCCUUGCAGAGAGAAGGCUCAUGGAUGUUAAGCUUGGUCAUCUGCCCAACUGGCUGACAACUCGUGAUUUCACACCAAAUGGAAUCUUUGCAUCUAUACGCAGAGGCCACAGCGCCUAUUUCAACAAGUACAUCAAUGUGAAGAAGGGAGGCAUUGGAGGAGUGGCUAUGCUCCUGGCUGGUUAUGUCGUUCUGAGUUAUGUCUGGGAGUAUGAUCACAUCAAGCAUGAUCGCUGGAGAAAAUAUCACUGAUCUGAGGAAAUCAUUCCUUCUGUGCUUAAUGUUUCUUGUACAGUUAAUAAAUAUCAAAACAAUG